AUGCUCAACGGCUCAACGGCUCAACGCAGGUUCGCGUGGCCCCGCGAAGCGCUGCAGCCGGUGCCUGUGGAACGCUCACCCAUCUGGGACCACCCAGAGGAAUUGGAACCCUUGAAGCAGUACACCUUUCGGGAGGUAUCGAGGUCUCCAGGUAAAGCCCUGGAUGUUGCACAGUUGGACGCGUACCGAGAAGAUGGCUUCCUGCUGAAUCUUCCGGUCCUCUUGGGUGAAGCCUUGGCCACGGCACGGGAAGACUUCAACCAGCUGCUGCUGGAGCGAACCGAGCGCGCAGCUGCGGGAGGCUUAGAGUGGAGCUUCAGGUACCAGACCUGGUUGUAUAUAUCAGAGACCGAGCAUGGAGUGAUGGAAGUGUAUCACGCAGGCAUCAACGACGAUGUUGAUUUGCAAUGGGCGAUGGAUCAUAUAUUGUCCACUUUGGAUUCUAUGUCGACACCAUACUUGAACCAAGAGACAGAUCAAAACAAAGAGAACAAGUUGAUGGUGGCGAAGUGGUUGUGCGACUUGCACGAGAAGGUCAACCAGGACUUUGUGGCUGGUCGUACCAUUGCUGCCAAAAAUUUGCUCAGCAAACGUUGGCUUGUAACGCGUGGCAUGGGAACGGAGCUGUUCACACUCAAGAAGGAUGUGGGCGUUGGCAGGUGCUGUUGGGAGACCCUGACUAUGCCAUUCAUAGUGCCUCGAUUCAUCUUAUGUUCGCUCUUGAACUGUGAGAAAGCCAAGGCCGAGGCAGAAUUGUCCAUCAAGUACACUGCAGUAGCUCAUGUUUUUGAGGCUGAACAGCGGAUCCACUUCGAGUCGCACUAUUCCGUCCGCGACGGUGCAUCAGUGGUUGCAUCCUGUGCUCAAAUGGGCAAAGGUGAUGAAGAUGCCAAAUUUCGUGCAGCCCAUACCUUGGCUCGGCCACUGCACCAGGACCUGGUGCAGCGCUUGGCGAGGCAUGAAAGGGUGCUGCACAUCGUUGAGGAUAUCCUCGGGUGCGGGGGCUUGGGGUUUGGUGAUCCAGGUGUGACGAACACAGGGUAUACAUGCGACGAGCAGGAUUUGCGUCAAGCGGCCGAACUUCUUGAGCUGCCGUCAGUACAUGGAAGUUUUCGCAAGGAUCAGUUGGCAAAUGCCUUGCAGGCUUCUAAAGAAGAGAUUCAGAGACUCUUAGAGACCUUGGGUUUGACUUCCGAGAUCCUGCUCCAGCAAUUUUGCCAAGCCACUAUGAACCGAAGCGCAAGAAUUCUUCAUGAGACAGUGCCAGCAAGAGACAUGGCUUGCCUGGACACUGGAUGCUUGGACACGAUGAAUGUCUCUAUCGAUGAGUUGCUGAAUACGCCCCUGGUCGCAGCUCCACCAAGCCCAGAUCUGGUCUCGGAUGGCACCACAACUGCUAUGUUGGCGGAGGAUUUUCAACAGCCCAGAGAUUUGCUGAGAGAAGUGCUGCAGAGAUUCUUCGAUCGCUACCCUUGCCCGUCCUUUCAGGCCUCGACUUUGUCCCUGCUGCAGGGUGGCAGCCGCCCCCAUCCCGAGUUCCAGGCCGGUGGGUUUCUGAUCAGCGACCAGGUGGAGCAAGAAUUCACGAGGAGUGCCUUGCUGGCCACACGCUGGGUGGAAGCAUUGGAGAUUUUGAAGCUGGAGUACCACAACGAGAAGGAUACCACUUUUCGCAGCCCCUACGCUCUACGUGAUCCACAUCCAGGUCCCAUCACCUGGCAGUCGCCCUCUCUGUUUCACGUGGGCAACAUCAUUCAUGAAGGGAUCAAGGCCAAGUAUCCAGGUGUGAAGCCCUGUUUGGAUCUGGCCACGGCCCAAGCGGUGUCCAAUGCUGAUCAGUACGUCUACUUUGUACAGAACCUGAUGGCCUUGAAGUAUCCAGAGAAGAUGAGGCCACACUUUUGCUGCUGGAGUGCCCACUUGUUCUGCAAACUGCCUGCGGAUCCCACGUCACAACCGUGGCACCAGGAUGCUGGCUUCUGGCCACUCUCUGAGUCUCGCGCAGUGACUCUCUGGCUGGCCUUUGACGACACAGACGAGAUGAAUGGCGCUGUGCGCUUCGUCAAGGGUUCGCACCGAUUAGGAAGAUUGCCGUGGAAACCCACGAGCGCCAACCGCCACCUUUUGACACAGGAGAUUCCGGACGUGGAUCUUCUGGGAGAGGAGGUUUGUGCUACCCUGGCCGCCGGCCAUGCUUCAAUCCACAGCGACCUCACGGUGCACGGCAGCCCUGGCAACUUCAGUGAACGCCGUAGAGCUGGGCUCGCACUCCGCUUUGUGGGCUGUGAUGCCAGCUGCUUGGGAGCGAUGAUCAACGGUUAUGAGAUGAAUCGUACGGUCAUCCUUCCCAAGGGGCACAAGUCAGAUCCCAGAGGACAUUGGCGCUCGCUGAAACGCAGGCACCUGAAGGAACGGUGCUUGUUGAGUUAUAUAGUAUACGUUUAUAUAUAUAAUAUGUGUAUAUAG